CAACACGGAUAUCUUCCACCCAUCGCCUCAACGAAGUGCCAUUGCCCAGGUCAAGCACAGUCCUGCUUUAAGCCCUCGACCAGCCCGCGCCUCAGUUCGUGUUAGAGCCAAAUAUUUGGACCAUGGCUACCGAUAAUGUACUUCCGCCCGGUGAUCCUGCACCCGAGCUACUCGAGGGGCGUCUCUGGGUUGACGGCUGUUUUGACUUCUUCCACCACGGACAUGCCGGUGCUGUAGUCCAAGCCCGCCAGCUGGGCGACGAGCUCUACGUUGGCGUCCACUCCGACGAGGCCAUCCUCGAAAACAAGGGGCCAACCGUUAUGAACCUCAAAGAACGCCUCCUCGCCAUCGACGCCUGCCGCUGGGUGACCAAGUCGAUCGCGCACGCGCCGUACGUGACGCAGCUCGACUGGAUAAGUCACUUCGGGUGCAAGUACGUGGUGCACGGAGACGACAUCACGUCGGAUAGCAGCGGCGAGGACUGUUACCGCUUCGUCAAGGCCGCCGACCGCUUCCGCGUCGUGCGCCGCACCCCGUCCAUCUCCACCACCGACCUCGUCGGCCGCAUGCUGCUGUGCACCCGCGGCCACUUCAUCCAGUCGCUCGAGCGCACCCUCGCCGGCCUCGACGGGCCCGGCACCGAGGCCGAGCGCCGCGCUGAAGGUGAGGCCAUGACCGAGCGGGUUCGUCUUUAUGCGACCGAUGAGACCGCCAAGGCGCCCGGCGCCGAUGUCUGGUUCUGGGGGGCUGAGAGCGGGUUUAGGGAGUUGUUCAAGGGCGCGGGGCCGAAGCCGGGACAGAGGGUGGUCUACGUGGAUGGCGGGUUCGAUCUGUUCUCGAGCGGGCACAUCGAGUUCUUGCGGCUGGUGACUGAGGCGGAGGAGGUGCUGGCUAGGAAGGACGGCUGGUACUCGGAGCAGGCCGUGAACGAGAGGAAAGGCAAGGGCGCCGACUACGGCCCCGUGUUCGUCGUGGCGGGCGUCCACGACGACGCGGUCAUCAACAAGUGGAAGGGCGUCAACUACCCCAUCAUGAACAUCUUCGAGCGUGGUCUAUGCGUUCUGCAGUGCCGGUACGUCAACGCCGUCGUCUUCGGCGCCCCCUUCACACCCACCAAGGGCUACCUCACCUCGCUCCCGUGGGGCACACCGGAUGCCGUUUACCAUGGCCCGACAUCUUUCAUGCCCUCUACCGAGGACGUCUACACCGAGCCCAAGGAGAUGGGCAUUUACCGCGAGAUCGGCCAUCACGAGUUCGAGGACGUCAAUGCCGGAACCAUCGUGCAGAGGAUCAUGAAGAGCCGCGACAUGUACGAGGCCCGGCAGAAGGCCAAGGGGAUGAAGGCCGAUCUCGAAGCUGCCCACAAGCAGCGCGAGCUACUUGAGGAAGAGCAGCGAGCGAAGGAGGCGGCGCGGUAGAACACGCGUCGUUGAGCCGUGGUCCGGAACCAGGUCCUUCGAGUUCUUCAACCACGAAGUGGGAACGGCAGGAUAAAAGGAGCGUGUGGCUUCAACAGGCCUCAGAACUGUUAUUCGUAUAGACGGUCUUUAUAGACAUCAAACCAACAAACUAUCUAAUAUUGAAUAAAAUAAAAUAGAGGAUUGGACAGUCCAUCAGAUACCAUAACGCAUUGUUGAGUCAUCAACGGGGUCACGCGACGAUUUACGCCGGUUCCACCUCAGAGCUUGACUCUAUAAAGGUUUAUCAUCACCU